AUGCCGUCGGAGAGCGGAGCUGAGGGCUCGGACCAGGUGGCUGCGCAGGCAGGCGGCGGCCCCGACCCGGAAGCCUCGCCGGCUUCCCUCGCGCCGCACCUGAGCGGGCUGGGCUGGCCACAGGUGAAGCGGCUGGACGCGCUCCUGAGCGAGCCGAUUCCCAUUCACGGGCGAGGCAACUUCCCCACGCUGAGCGUGCAGCCCCGGCAGAUCGUGCAGGUUGUCCGCAGCAGCCUAGAAGCACAGGGACUGCGCGUGCAUGGUGUGCGACUACAUGGCUCAGCUGCCAGCCACGUGCUGCACCCUGAGAAUGGCCUGGGCUAUAAGGACCUGGACUUAGUGUUUCGUGUGGACCUGCGCAGCGAAGCAUCCUUCCAACUCACCAAGGAGGUGGUGCUGGCCUGCCUGCUGGACUUCCUGCCAGCCGGUGUGAGCCGGGCCAAGAUCACGCCUCUGACACUCAAGGAGGCAUACGUGCAGAAGUUGGUGAAAGUGUGCACGGACACGGACCGCUGGAGCCUCAUCUCACUGUCCAACAAGAGUGGCAAAAACAUGGAGCUCAAAUUUGUGGACUCAGUCAGGCGCCAGUUCGAGUUCAGCGUAGACUCCUUCCAGAUCAUCCUGGACUCCCUGCUGCUCUUUGGCCAGUGCUCAUCCACUCCCAUGUCUGAGGCCUUCCAUCCAACUGUGACAGGUGAGAGCUUGUACGGGGACUUCAACGAAGCCCUGGAGCACCUGCGGCACAGAGUCAUCGCUACACGCAACCCCGAAGAGAUCCGCGGUGGUGGCCUCCUCAAGUACUGCCACCUCCUGGUGCGUGGCUUCCGGCCACAGCCCAGCACUGACGUGCGUGCCCUGCAACGCUACAUGUGCUCCCGCUUCUUCAUUGACUUCCCGGACCUAGUGGAGCAGCAGCGCAUCCUGGAGCGCUACCUGGAGGCCCACUUCAGCGGGUCCAACUCAGCCCGCCGCUACGCCUGCCUGGUGACGCUGCACCAGGUGGUCAACGAGAGCACCGUGUGCCUCAUGAGCCACGAGCGCCGCCAGACGCUGGACCUCAUCGCCACCAUGGCACUCCAGGCGCUGGCUGAGCAGGGCCCAGCUGCUGCCGCUGCCCUGGCCUGGCGCCCUCCAGGCCCUGAUGGGGUUGUGCCUGCCACUUUCAAUUACUAUGUCGCCCCUGUGCAGCCUCUGCUGGCCUGGGCCCACUCCUGCUAUCCCACCUGGCUGCCUUGUAACUGACUCGGAACCUGGUCAGGAGCGACUGGACCUCCCCAGAUGGAGUGGGGCCUCAAGGAGUAUGUGGAAGGAAUGACGAGAGACAGGCAGCCUGUGCCAGGUGGCCCAGCACUGCUACUGGGUUGGGCCUUAGACUGAACACACCAGACUCCCUGUGGGCUUAAGGCCAAGCCGGAGUUCUUGGCAGAUGGACCCUUUGCUUAUUGCAGCACAUUUUUAGGCCAGCACGAUUGUGGGGUACAGGAGCUAUUUGUCUUGGGGGUUAAUUGCCUUUAGGAGACAAAGCAUGUUUGGGGUGGUAGCCUCAGUGUCCAUCAUCUUGGUUUGAUUUCUGUGGCCUAGAAAGGGUCUUAUUGGCUGUAGUGCGCCUAGCAGCCUCUGAGAGCCUUCAAACCACACAAUGGCUAGAAUAUGGUACAUUAUGGGAACUAGUCACUUUGGGUCAGGCUGGGCCAGUCACAGGGCUGGUGGUCCAACCUGGCUAAUCACUGGGAGAAGGGAAAACAAGGCAUGAGGCAGCUACCUGGAGAGGGAUAUAUUUGGCCCAGUCCCCUAGAACCCCUAACCUGAGC